CUCGCCCGCCAAGGGGACUUCUACGUGCCUGAAAUGAAAGAACUGGAGAGGAAGAGCAGAGCUGCUGAGGCCGAGGAUGCCCAGACAGACAUCACAGGGGCCGACACCAUGAGUGAGACGAGCUCCAUCAGCAUUGAGGCCACAACUGACAGCAGAGACACCUCGGUGGCCACCUCCAUCCUGCUGCCCUUCCCAGCCAGCCGUGGCCGGGAGGAGGUGGACAACCGCAGCGAGCACAGCUACAGCGAGUCGGGAGCCAGCGGCUCCUCCUUUGAGGAGCUGGACCUGGAGGUCACCGGGGAUGGGGAGGGAGCCCCGAGCCUGCUGCCCAGCGUGGGCUACUCAGGCAACCAGGAGGUCACAGACAAGUGGACCAAGGAGCCCAUUGCUGCUGAGAGAGGAGAAGAGUAA